AUGUCCAGACCUUACGGCGCGGCCUCCUCGUCGGCUCGUAGUCCGCCUUCGAGCACGUCCACCAGCUUCGGCGCAACCGCAGCCGCAGCCACAGCAAAUCCCAACACUGCAAGAUAUCAGCUCGCCAGUGCUGGAAUCACCGAAGAGGAGGAUGAUUACCUCCAUGCCAUCGACACCAAAUGGGACAAGUCGUCGCACGGCUGGAAUUUGCGUGGCUUCCUCAACAUUCUUACUCUGGCAUCGCUUGCACUUGGUCUCAUCAUGCUCUUCCUCGGCUAUCCCGUUCUCAUCAAAAUCAAGGACAUCUAUGACCACGACAACAAAGGCGCUUUCGGCCUCGGCGGUACCAACGGCUCCGGUCAGGUCCCCGCUCUCGAUAUUGCCUCGCUCAUCGACGCUGAUACGCCUCAAAGCGCCCUCAAGUGGACCAGCGGCUACGACAAAUCCUCCUACCAUCUCGUUUUCAGCGACGAGUUCGAAACCGAUGGAAGGACUUUCUGGCCCGGUGAUGAUCCCUUCUGGGAGGCCGUCGAUCUUUGGUACUCGGGUACCGGCGAUUUCGAAUGGUACAGCCCCGAAGCAGUCAACACCACCGGCGGCGCCAUGGUCAUCGCUAUCGAAGAGCACGAGACCCACAACAAAAACUUUCGCUCUGGAAUGGUUCAGUCCUGGAACAAGUUCUGCUUCCAGGGUGGCUACAUUGAAUUCAGCGUCAAGCUACCCGGCGGUCCCAGCACAAGCGGUUUCUGGCCCGCCGUAUGGCUCAUGGGCAACCUAGGUCGUCCUGGCUACCUUGCCACCACCGAAGGCACCUGGCCCUACUCGUACAAUGCCUGUGAUACCGGCAUCCUACCCAACCAGACCUUCCUCAACGGAUCGGGUCCCGACGCUGCCAUUCACUCGACCGGAACAUAUGCCUACGAUGGCAAACUUUCCUUCCUACCAGGCAUGCGUUACUCGGCUUGCACCUGUCCCGGCGAGGAUCACCCGGGUCCCAACAACAAUGUCGCACGUUCCGCGCCCGAAAUCGACAUCUUUGAAGUACAGGUGCAGUACAAGAACGGCGCUCGCCACUCGUACGCCUCGCAAUCGCUUCAGGUCGCACCCUUUGACGAUGCUUACGCCUGGGGCAACUCGUCCGCUGACGCAACCAUCUACGACGACACACUCACCGAGUUCAACACCUACACUGGUGGCCAGAUUCAAGAGGCCGUCUCUUCGGUUACGCGCGUGCCCGACACUGGCUUUCAACUGACGCAGAACGAGUAUGUCAAGUACGGAGUCGAGUUUAGCCCCGAUUUCAACUACGAUGGCAGUGGUUCCAUGACUUGGUACGUCGAUGGCAAACCGUCAUGGACCGUCAACCCCAAGGCGUUCCCGGCGCGUCCGGACCUCGACAUCAGCCAACGCAUCAUCCCCGUCGAACCGAUGGCGAUUGUCAUGAAUCUGGCCAUAUCGAGCAGUUUCCAGCCGGUCAACUUUGACGAAGGAGGCAUCACCUUCCCGGCCUUCAUGUCGAUCGACUACGUUCGUGUCUACCAAAAGGACGGUCAAGCCGAUCUCUUGUCCUGCGAUCCCGCCGAUCAUCCCACGGCCAACUUUAUCCACACGCACAUGGACCUCUACACCAACCGAAACUACACCGUCUUCCCCAGGGACAAGUAUACAUGGCCCCGAAACAAGCUUCAGGGCUGUUAG